AGGUCCAAAUUCAGACAAACCCGCCGCCAUCAGACCCAAAAGCCUAAAGAAACUCUUUGUGUCGGUGAUGAACAAAGACCACAGACUAACAAGAUCAUACGAUUAUUACCAGAUAGAAAACCUAGCCAAGGACAAGGAUAUAGACUUUAGUAAGAAGACUUUACUAUACUGUGGCGGUUACUUGGAUUCUACUAGCUGGCCUUUUGGGAGUGCACUGGGGAAAGUAUAUAAGGAUUUGGGAUAUAAUAUGCUCCUGUUGGAUACAUUGGAGUUUACAGCACGAUUAUAUCCACAAGCCUCGCGCGUAUUACGACCAAUUGGCAAGCACGUAGCCGAAAUGCUGGUCAAGCUAACAGCACACGGCCUUGAUCCAAAAAAGCUGGAGCUGAUCGGUCUAAGCCUCGGCGCCCACACCAUGAGCUUCAUCGCCAAGAACUACCGUCAAAUAACCGGCCAGAACAUCUCCUCACUCACUUCCCUGGAUGCUGCCGGGCCUUGCUUUAGACAGGCAGCACCAGACCAAAGACUGGACCCUUCCGACGCUGACUUCGUCCGUGCGGUUGUCACUAACAUUCACGGCUUCGGCAUGGAGCUCCCUGUCGGACAUGUCAUGUUCUACGCCAACGGAGGAGAAUACCAGCCAGGAGACAUACCUUGGUUACCAUGUGACGUCAUUUGCAGUCACAUCAGAGGAUACUUUCUUUGGCUAUCAGCUUUAUACAACCCUGGUUCCUUCAUCGGUGUGCGUUGCGAUACUAUGCAGCAGAUCAAAGAUGGUGACUGCUUCAAUUUAAAACCAAUGGUUACUAAUACAUUAGAUUUAUAUACUGAUAGAAGUAAACCAGGAAUCUAUUAUCUUCAGACGAGUAACUGGUACCCGUAUUCUAUGGGGAAGAAAGGGCUGAAGAAAGCAAAGCCGGGAAGGUUCCAUGUUUCCAAAUCUUUAAAUGAUAUUUUUCAAGUGAAAUAAGUCAAUUG